CCCAUCAGUUCACAGACUGACAGUGUAAAGCUGAGAAAGGAUAGAUGAAAAAGCUGCACUAUGGUUAAUAUCAGAUGGAUUAAAGUGUUUUUAUUUCUAAUGAACAUGCUUCAUCUUACAGCAGCGAAUGGACGUUUAUCCCUCAGCUUUGUUGUCGGAGUUGGAGAUGAAUUCACUUUGCCUUGUGAACAUGGGAGACAUGAUCAGGACAAAUGUAACGGUACUUACUGGAUCUUCAGUGAUUCAGGAAGCACGUUGUCAUUGUUGCUGGUGGAGUGUGGGAAGGUUGCUGAAAACGCUACGUCAGACGGACUGAGUGUUACAGAGAACUGUUCUCUGGUUAAAAAGAAGGUCACAGAGAAGGAUGUCGGCCGUUACACCUGCAGACAGUUGGAAUCAGAAGAUGCUCACGUUUACCUGUCUGUUAUCCACAUGACUGAACAGAAGGACACUGAUGAGGUGACGUUGCAAUGCUCUGUGUUGACAUAUGAAUGGUGUAGACACACAGUGGAGUGGCUGUAUGAGGGGAAAGAUGGAGAUAUAAGAUACGCAGAUAUGCAGAAAUCCCACUCUGAGUGCUCAGUUAAUUUGACAUUUCUGACCUCUCCUCUCAAACUGAAGCCAAAGUAUCAUGAGUUGUUGUGUGAAGUGACAGAUGCUGUGACUGAAGAAGUGCAGCUGUUUCCCUUCAGCCCUCAGUCCUUGGGUGUGAAAACAGGUGGUCAGAUAGCAUCUGCAACAACUUUAUUACCAUUAACAAUUGAAAGAGAGACCAACAAAACAGAGCCUGAUACCAGUGGUACUUCAAUAAUACCACAAGGUUGGUUGAGGUUCAUCAUUGUGUCCGUGGGUUUAGCAGCUCUCAUAAUAACUGUUGUGGUGGUCUAUAUAUGGACAAGAGCCAAAGGCAACAAAACCCAGAUGGAUGGCGAUGCUGAGCAUCGUGAUGAAGAUGAAGGUACAGUUACCUAUGAAAACGUUGAAGAACCUUCGGUUUCUAUCAGUCUCCACUGAUCAACAACUUCUACUCGUGAAAAGAAGUGGAAAAAAAAGGACAUUUUAGGAUUAGGCUGUCUCUUAUGUGUUGAGUCUUUACACCUGAAGUCUCGAAGCUUAAGUCUAACCCAUUUAAUAUUUUAGUCUUGAUGUUAUGUUUUCUCAGUGCUUUUAAAGGUUGAGCUUUGCCUGAGUUAUUCAAUAUCUUUGUAUAGACAAUAAAUUAGAAUAAGAGACACUUUUGUCAUUCUUUCAGAUAGAGUUCAGUACUGUACCAAAAAUACAGUUUUUCCCUAGCAGGGGCCCGGUAGGAAGGCAUUCUCUAAGGGCCCCUCCCCACAUCCACCCUGAGGAUAUUUAUACAACAUGUAAUAACAUUUAACAAUAAUAAUUCAUUUUUAUUUAUAACUGUGCUGUAAAUAUGUUCACUGGAGG